AUGUACUUCAAAGCGGCCACCUCGAUGCUCAUGAUGAGUCUGGCUUUGACACCCACUAUGAUCAAUUGCGAACCAGUGCGUGCACUAGUUUACCGCGGUCCUACCGCCUGCGAUGGAUGUCCCGAGUCACUCCGUGAUCUUCUUGUAGCCACAAUCCCCAAUAUCAAAGUGGAAUUCGCAGGUCCGAAGGAAAAGGUCAAGAUCAACGCCAAAAGUCUCAAGGGUGUUAAUAUCUUGGCUCAGCCUGGCGGUCCAGAUCUCGACGCAGCGUGGCGAGAAGCGAGACCUUACGCAUCUGACGUUCGUACCUGGGUUGCUAAUGGUGGUCGAUACUUGGGAGUCUGCUUAGGAGCAUUCCUCGCAGGACAUGAUUCUGGCUUUGGUUUAAUUCCUAAAGGAGACAGAAUUCAGCAAGAAAUUACUCGACCAAAUCCACCAAUCGACGAUGGGUCCGACAUCGUUACUCAAAUCGACUGGACUUUUCAAACUGGUCGGAAAAAGGGAAAGACUGAGCGACACUGGGCGUACUUUCAAGAUGGUACCACGUUCAUCAGAUCUUCCAAUUCCCCGGCUAAAGUGCUUGGGAAGUAUGUCUCUAAUGGAGAUGUUGCCUCGGUGCUUAAUUCCUAUGGUAAAGGCUGGGUUGCGAAUAUUGGAGUGCAUCCUGAGGCAGAUCAAAGUUGGUACGAUGAUGCUGGGAUCACAAACCCAGAAGGUGUCCAGACUGAAAUCGGCCACGAUAUUGUCAAUGCUUUGAUGGCGGCUGGCUCGGUGCGUAAAGCUACAGCAUACUGA